AUGCCUCUCAACCUCAACUUUUUGCAGGAUUCAUCAUCGGAUGAAGAGGAGGACAUGAACAUUGUCUCGAAAAAUCAAAAACCACGUGAUUUUAUUAGUUUUGAUGAUAGUGAUGACGAUAAUGAUGACGGAGAGGAUGUAAAAAUUGUGGAAAAGGAAGAGAAAGUAGUUGAAAAAGAACCAGAACAACAAAAAGAGGAAGAAAAAGUAGCAGAGAACGUUGAUAACAAGAUUGCUCAAGUCACAAAGACUAGAGACAAUAUUUUGUCAUUAUUCUCUAGUGCUCAAUCUCAAUGGUCUCAUCACUAUAACAUUGAUAUGGCUUUGCAACAGAAAAUUGAUGGAAAACCAAUUUUAUCAAAUUCCAUGAAGGAAAGGCUUGCUGCUAUUAAAAGUAAAAAGAAGGAAAUUAAUGGUAAUAUAACAAUUAACAAAGAAGUCACACCUACAACUGUUGCCACUAAUAGUAGUACAACUAGUAGUGGUACAUUGGAAACAAAUGAAGAAGAGAAGGUAAUUGAUGAAAAACCAAAGUAUAUUGAACCAGAAAGUCCAUCAGUGGUUGUUGAUAAUGAUGAUGUUAUUGAAAUUAAAGAGAAUAAUGAAGAGGAAAGUACAGAAGGAUUCAUCAAAAUUGAUGAUACCAUUUCUAACCACCAAUAUAACUAUGAAGCUCAUAAUGCCUAUGCUAAAUAUCAAACAACAAUUCCAUGGCAAACUCAAGAUUAUUCUUCAUAUCCUCCUCCUUUACGUCUUCAUUAUGAAUUAAUUGACUUUUAUAAUUUUGUAAAACAAACAAAAGAAGAAGAACUUGUUAGAGAACGUGUAUUGGAAAAGGUUAUGAGAUUAUGUAAAAAUGUGGAUCCUAACUGUAGAAUCCAAAUGUUUGGUAGUUAUCCUGCUGGAUUAAUGUUACCUGGUAGUGAUUUGGAUUUACAUGUACUUUCAAGAUCACUCUCUCAAAAAGUAUUUUUGGAAAAGUUGAACAGAGAAUUGAACAAAUCAACAGAAUUUGUUGAAAUUAAUUUCAUUAGAAAUGCAAAUGUACCAAUUAUCAAGUUUAAGGAAGCAAUUUCACUUCAAGAAGUUGAUGUAUCUUGCAAUAAUGCUGAUACAGAUUCAAGUGUAGAAUUUAUUAGAAGAAGUAGUGAAAAGUAUCCUGCCUUUAAAUAUUUAUGUUACUUUUUGAAAUAUUUCUUAAAACAAAGAAAUUUAAAUAUGGUUCUUUAUGGAGGACUUUCUAGUUAUGGAUUAAGUUUGAUGAUUGUUAGUCAUUUACAAAUGCAUACAAGUAACUCUAGUAUUGAAGAAAGAGAUGUUACUUCACUAGGCACCUUACUUUUGGACUUUUUCGCACUCUAUGGAAGAUAUUUCAAUUAUUAUUUCGCUGCAAUUAGUCCAAGUCACGAAGGUAAAUAUUUACCAUACCAAAUGAAAAUCAGAUCAGGUUAUUCAUCCUCUCUCAAAUUCACACCAAACAUUAUUGAUCCAACUAAUCCAUCUAACAAUGUAUCAAAGGGUUCUAGUGCUUUACUUUCAAUUAGAAACUCAUUUAGUAAUGCCUUCGAUGCAUUAAUUUCUCCAACUAAUAUCAAUAAGGAAUCUUUAUUAUCAACUAUUUUGCGAGUUAGCCCAGAUUUGUGUUGGAGAAGGAUUUACAUUCAUCAAGAUCAAUCCUUCUUAAUCACUUGUAAACAAUUUGCCAAAUAUUUCAAUUCUUACAUCACCAAUGAUGAGGAAGAUAACAAAUAUAGCAAUAGUAAGAAACGUCAAUAUAAGGGAACAUUUACACAAUCGAAGAAAAAGAAAUUUUAA